AGAGCGCGGGAGAGAACAUUCCACGUGGUGGCCUGGCCCUGGACGCUGGAAUUGACGGAUGUGGAACUGCUGGCUGUAGUUGGGCUAACGGGCCAAGACCACCCUCGUGGAAUACUUUCUCCACGAGGCGGCUUCAAUUCUGCCUUGGAUUUCCACUGAAAAGCCCCUGCCGGAGCACCACACUCCUCCGGCGACCACCGCCGGAGUCUCCAGCGUUGACCUGACCCCCAGACGCCGCCGCCGCUUCCGCUGGCCAAAUACCAGUAUGAUGCCCGCGGAACCCGCACCUCUACCGGAGUGGUACGGCUGCGGCGACCUUCUACGUCUGGAGCACCGCCUGGCCUCCAAGGAGGGAGGCGCGGCCAGCAGCGCCAGCGGGGAGGACGACGAUUCCCCCGACGAGACGCGGCUCUCUCUGGAGACGGCAUCCUCCUCCGUGGAGGCGGGCGAGGGAGAAUCCGCCGACGGCCCGUACGUUGGGCGGCGGUUCCCGACCCACGACGCGGCGUACGAGUUCUACUGCGGGUUCGCGAGGCGGUGCGGGUUCUCGAUCCGACGGCACCGGACAGAGGGCAAGGAUGGCGUCGGCAGGGGCCUCACCAGGCGCUACUUCGUGUGCCAUCGCGCGGGGUCCGCGCCGUCGAAGCCGCUCGCCGGCGCCCCCCGGCCGCAACGGAACAGGAGGUCCUCGCGCUGCGGGUGCCAGGCGUACAUGCGCAUUGGCAGGACCGCGCUCGCUGCCGCCGCCGUAGCGCCGGCGGGGUGGCGGGUCACGGGGUUCUCCAACCACCACAACCACGCGCUCCUAGGGCAGGACCAGGUCCGGCUCCUCCCGGCUUACCGCGUCAUCUCCGGCCCCGACAAGGACAGGAUCCUGAUGUUUGCCAAGUCCGGGAUCUCCGUGCAGCAGAUGAUAAGGAUAAUAGAGCUUGAGAAGAGCGUCAAGCCGGGGAGCCUGCCCUUCACAGAGAAGGAUGUAAGGAAUCUCAUACAUUCCUUCAGGAAGGUCGAUCAGGUGGAGGAGGGGAGCGUUGAUCUGCUUAGGAUGUGCAAAAAUUUCAAGGAGAAAGAUCCCAGUUUCAAGUAUGAAUCCACGAAAGACCCGAACAACUGCCUGGAGAAUAUUGCCUGGACAUUUGCAUCGUCGUCUAAUUCUUAUGAGAUGUUUGGUGAUGCUGUUGUUUUUUAUACCACUCACCGGUUAACUGCACUCGAUAUGGCGCUUGGGAUUUUGGUUGGCCUGAACAAUUGUGGCAUGCCGUGCUUCUUUGGCUGCGCUCUCCUAAGAGAGGAGAAUCAAGAAUCCUUUGCAUGGGCAUUGCAGGUAUUUCUGAACUUCAUGAACAGGAAAGCUCCUCGGACAAUAUUGACUGAUCAAAAUGUGCAUCUCAAGGAGGCAAUCGAAAAGGAACUCCCUAGCACAAAGCAUGCCCUCUGCAUUUGGCUCAUUGAAGCCAAAUUUCCUUGUUGGUUUAGUGCAGUUCUUGGAGAGCGUUACAGUGACUGGAAGAAUGAAUUCUAUAGGCUACAUAACAUGGAAAACACAAUGAACUUUAAUCUUGGGUGGAGUGACAUGGUGAACUGCUAUGGACUUCAUGGAAAUAGGCAAAUUGCUAGUCUGUUUGCAUCAAGAAGUCUCUGGGCAUUGUCGUAUUUGGGAGGGCAUUUUUCUGCAGGGCUGAAUACUUCAGCUGUUUCAAAAUCAAUUUUAGCCUUCAUUCAGCGGUUCUUGAGUGCUCAGACUUGCCUAGCCAAUUUCAUUGAACAGGUUGCAGUAGUUGUUGCCUACAAAGACCAAACUGGGGAACAAGAAAUGAUGCAGCAAAAUUUGCAAAACAUAAGCCCGAAGACAGCAGCUCCAAUGGAAGGCCAUGCUGCCACAGUUCUCACCCCCUAUGCCUUCUCUAAGCUACAGGAUGAGCUUGUUGCGUCUGUCCACCACGCAUCAUUCCACUUGGAAGGGAGUAUUUUUAUUGUCCGACACCGUAGCAGCACGGAGGGCGGGUGCAGUGUCGCAUGGAACCAAAGAGAGGAGCUCAUUUCUUGCAGCUGCCAAAUGUUUGAGUCCUCAGGGAUCCUCUGCAGGCAUGCCCUUCGUGUGCUCUCAACACUGAAUUAUUUCCAGAUCCCGGACCACUACCUUCCUGUCCGAUGGCGCAGAACCCAGCCACCACCAUCCAAGUCCUUGAAUGGUGCUCCUCCUCACGAUGAAGGAUCUGAGAGAGUGAGAGCCUUACAAUCCCUGGUCUCAGCGCUGGUGAAGGAAGCAGCCAAGUCGAAUGAGCUGAUGGAUCUCGCAACACAGGAGGUCUCCCUUCUCCUGUCCAGGAUAAAGGAACAACCUGUUCCGGUGCAUGCUUCAGGAGAAAAUGUUCAUAAGCCGCUGUAGCCUGCACCAUUGCAUUCUCCACAAGUAGUAAUUAGCAGCUAGAGAAGUAGCAAUUAGAAACUAGAGUCGUGGAACCGGUGUGAUGGCCACUUUCUUCUGGUGUACAUUUUUGGUAGCUUUUCAUUGAGACGCAUUUGGCACUGUAUUCACAUUUGCAAGCACUUGAUAUGCGUGUGUUUGACUGA